UGCAAGUGUUUUCAUCUCACAAUAUUUUGUGACAUUUUACAUUGAAUUAAGCAAUUUACAUUAAAAUUUAAACUGUACAAAUAAAGGAGUGAAAUACAGAACUAACCGGUCGAAAGAAGAAAAUAAACACUAGUCUCUUUGCUGUUACACGCAUGUGCAUGUUCGUAGAGAAAUGAUCUGCUCUUUACAUAUUGGCCUCAAUCGCUUUUUGUUACUCACAGUUGGUCUAUGGCCUUAUCAACAAUCUAAACUCGUUCAAUUCCAAUUAAUUCUGUUUUUUAGUAUUUUAACGACGUUUAUCUCAUUUCAGUUUACAACAUUUAUGACUUCACAGUGUACUCCGGAUCUUGUUAUUAAUGUUCUCUCUUCUAUAUUAUUUUUCUUUACUUUUAUGAUUAAAUAUAGCUGUUUCAGUAUUAACACUGAAGUCAUAAAGUAUUUGUUGGAGCAACUGCAGCACAUCUGUAACGAACUAACUGACGAGAACGAAAUUAAUAUCAUAAAACAAUAUGCUAGUAAUGCAAAACGUUAUACGGCUACAUUUAUGUUGUUAGCUAUAGUGAUCGCAUCUUUAUUAUUAUUAUAUCCAAUUUGGCCAUGCAUUUUCGACAUCUUACUGCCUAUAAAUGAAACUCGACCACGUCCUUCGCCGCUAUUUGCGACAGAGUACUUUGUCGACCAAGAAAGGUAUUUCUAUUUGAUUAUAUUGCACGCAAACGCGGCCUUUGUUAUCGGAGGUGUCGCAAUGUUAGCGACAGCAACAAUUAUCAUAUUUUACCUACAGCAUGCGUGUGGAAUGUUUCGAAUUGCCAGAAGAAUCACUUGCAGUUAUCGUUUUAAAAGAGCAAUAACAACUGAAACUCUGCAAAAAAACAGUUUAAAACACAAAAAUUUGAUUUAUAAGGAAUUAAUUUAUGCCGUGGAUAUGCAUCGCAAAGCUAUGAAAUUCUCCGACUCUACAAUAUCUAAAUUUAAAGUAAUGUUCUUCCUUUUGAUAGUAGCCGGCGUGAUCUGCGCAAGUAUGAAUUUUUUUCGGAUGUUUCAUGUGAUGUACUUUGAAUAUAAUACUUCGGAAUUUUUCCUACGUCUAAUAUACAUCGUCGUCCACAUGUCUUAUUUGUUCGCAGGCAACUACCUUGCGCAAGAAGUCAUAGAUCACAAUAACGAUAUAUUUGUCACUGUGUACAACGUUCAAUGGUACGUAGCUCCAUUACAAGUGCAGAAAAUGAUACUGUUUCUCUUGCAAAGGGGUACCAAGGUAUUCAAUUUGAAUAUUGCUGGAUUGUUUGUGGGAUCGUUAGAAGGUGCUGCUACGGUAAGAAAAAUGUCAUUCAAAAUAUGCGUUGAAUAUGAAAUAUUUUUUAAACGGAGAAAAAUAGAAAAUUCAUGUUUUAUUAUAGUUAUUCAGUUCCAUAAUAUCGUAUUUCACUAUUCUUUAUUCCACACGGAAUUGACGUAAACAAAUCGGCUUAUAAAUGUAGCGAAAUACUGAUAGUAAAGAAAUAAGAUACCGUAAUCUAAAAACAAACUAAAACUUCUAAAUCUGUAAGAAAAUACAAAAAUGUUUAAAACAAUAUUUAUAGUAAGUUAUCGAUAAUAAAUUAAUAACUGAUUAAAUACAUAAGGUAAAACAAUUAAAAGUUUCUUUAUAGUCUAAAUGAUCAAAUGUAACUUACGAGUGUAUCACGUAAUAAAUAAGAUGUGUUAUUGUGUUAAUGAAAA